AUGGCUUCUAAGCCCACUCAUCUAGAGCCCUCCAAGCUCGGUACAAGAGAAUACUGGUCCAGCCUCUACACCACCGAGCUCACGAACAACGCCUCUAACCCGGACGACCGCGGCACCGUCUGGUUCGACGACUCGGACGCCGAGUCCAAGCUCCUGACCUACCUCGAGGACCUCACCGAGUCCGCUCCUUUCGACCACUCCAUCCGCCAGUCCGACGCCUCGUUCCUAGACCUCGGCUGCGGCAACGGCUCCCUCCUCUUCGCCCUCCGCGACGAGGGCUGGGCCGGCCGCGCCCUCGGCGUCGACUAUGCGCCGCAGAGCGUCGAGCUCGCCCGGCGCAUCGCCGCUCAGAGGCAGGCCUCGUCCUCGUCCUCCGCAGACCAGGAAGACGAGGAUAUGGCGGACGCGGGGGAAGGCGAGGAGGAGGAUGACGAGGCCAAGGAGCCCGAGUUCCAGGAGUGGGACGUCCUCAACGGCCCCUGGGAGACGGUCCUGAACGGCGCCCAAGCCCAGGGCUGGGACGUCGUCCUCGACAAGGGCACGUUUGACGCCAUCUGCCUCAGCGACGAAAAGGACGCCCGCGGCCGGCGCAUCUGCGAGGGCUACCGCGGCCGCGCGCUCCGCCUCGUCCGCCCAGGCGGCCUUCUCCUCAUCACGAGCUGCAACUGGACCGAGGAGGAGCUGAGGGCUUGGUUCGUGGGACCCGCCAACGAGGACGACGCUGGCCGCUUCGUCGCCGUCGGAAAGGUUGACUAUCCCAGCUUCACGUUCGGCGGCGCCAAGGGUCAGACCAUCAGCAGCUUGUGUUUCCAGAGGCAGAUGUAG